AUGGAAAGGGCCCUCGUCUCUCUCUCUCUCCUUCCUAUCCCCCCCUCCCCUCCUUCCUUCCUCGCAAGUCUACUCCUCAAGGCCCUCCUACGCAACUUAUCCAGUCCCCUCGAGUACCCCAACUCGGUUCACGUCGCCAUGCUUUCCUUCCUACUGCUUACGUUCUCCGACUCUCCGUAUUCUACUCCAAAGCUUGACCGCAACACCGACGGGGCCGCGGACUCCAAGGAGCUGUUCUCGAUGGAUCCAGAUGAGCUGGGGGCAUUGCUGUUGAACCGUUUGAGGUUUCAACAGGAGCACUACGAUAAGCUGAAGGAGGAGCGGGCACAUGAGGAGAUCGACUGGAAGGAAGAGUCGAGGGCGCUUGCGCGAUACCGGGAACAAGAAGUGCAGGAGGAGCUGUGGUUUACAGGACAGCAGAAGAUCGCACAAGCGGAUCACCAGCAGACCUCUCAUGAGGAGGGCAGCGACAAUUCGAAGCUUGAAGCGCAUGAGGAGAUCGACUGGAAGGAAGAGUCGAGGGCGCUUGCGAAGCAAUGGGCGACGAUGAGCAAGGAGGAGAAGGAGCGAUACCGGGAACGAAGAUGGGCAUGGGAGCUGCGUCCCAAUAGGAAACGAGUUGGAGGCACGAGCAGGCAGACGUAUAACGGCCUUCUCGAUUUUCCAGCACCUGAUAUAUCAUAGACUGAGGGAUGAGCGGAUGCGUAAGGAGAUCGACUGGAAGGAAGAGUCGAGGGCGCUUGCGAAGCAAUGGGCGACGAUGGGCAGACGGGAGAAGAAGCGAUACCGGGCAAGGGCGAGGGAGCUAAGAGCAAGAAAGAGGGAUGAUGACGACAGCGAGAUGAGAAAGGCGACAUACCAAAAGAGAAGUGACGCUGAUGAGAGUCUCAAGAAUUUGAACGCGAGCAGCUGAGGCAAGGGGAAGAAAAUCGAGGUGAAGUUCCUGGGUCAUCAGCUACUGUAAACAAUGGACGUUUCAAGAGAAUUU